AAGUCCUAGACGGCACAAAAUCUGUUUUUGCUAAGAAAAGAGUGGUUUUUUUUGUUUGUUUUUUUUCUCUGUCUUUCCAUAAACACGCAAGAAGAGAAAGAAGGGGAAAUUUCGAGUCCAUACUGUCUGGCGACCUAAUGCUUAGAAAACAAUUUAUGUAUUUUCCUCUUAUUUUUAUAAUGAUGAAAAGGUUGCUACGUAACUAGCUACGGUUCGUCAUCUUCAGAAAUAUACAGCCCAUAUUACCAUAACAGAAGUUAUCAAGCCGUCCUCUAUAGGCCAACUUUUAAUAGACAACCCGGUAUCAAUUACAGUUUAAGCAGGUGAAAUUUUGGUCUGCAUCACACUCAUAAAUAAUUACUUUGUUUCGUAAUCGGCAAAACCUAUUCGAAACGUUUCUAUCGACAAACGAUGAGAACCAAAGAAAGAAACGCGUUUGAAGCGAAGAAACUGAGUUUAAUACUAUUUCAUCGGAUCAAUCAACUUGUGCGUUGAUCGCGGAGGAAUUCCGGUAUGUUACGACAAAAUUUUAACCUGGACGCCGGAUUCUUCAGAUAAACAUAAAUUGAAAAGUUUUGUAAACUACAUUUGAAGGCGCCAAAAGUCACAACAAAACACCCGGCAAGGAAACUUCAUCGGUGAAUUUUUCAUAAUAUUAUUCGAUUUGCUGUUCUCGUUGCAAUUACACUGACUUGUGUCUACUCAAGUUCGAGAGAGAGUGAAAUAUGCGUGCCCAGCAAGAUGGAUCGCCGAGUGACCUACAAACGGCGCUACACAACAGAUGCACAGAAGUCGUGGUCACCGAGAGUUUAACCAGUGGUUGUUUGACAAUAGCAGCAAUUCUUUCCGGUUUCAUCGUGUGCCUGGCGAUCUACAGGAAUGCAAGACUGCGUUACGCCAUCCACAUGUACAUUCUGUCAUACGCUAUUAUCGAUUUGGUAAUGUCACUGUUGGUAAUGCCGUUUACGCUCGGUGUCCUGAUGAAAGGGCUUGUGUCCUUUGCAGUCCCUCUGCCAUUUACCUUUGAUGGAAACAACUUUGUUUUACACCCUGGUUACGCUGUGUGCAGAGAGGAAGUCAAAAGGGAAAGCUACCUUCGAGCGUCCAUAUUAAAACUCAUUGUCGUUGUUAUACCACUCGUUGCUAUCGCAACAUGUUACUGCAGAGCAGGUGCAAAUCUGCAGAAAACCUACGUGAACGCCGAGCGCUGGGCACAAGGGGAACGAAGGGAAAAGAUAAAUUCUUGGAAAGAAGAAGAAGGCAAAACAAGGCUUUUUGCGGCUUUAAUACUAGGAACACUUCUUUUCUGGGUUCCUACUUCUGUUUGUGAUAUAGCUGAUGUGUUUACUCACAAACAAUGCCUGCCUCGCUCAGUGUACUUGCUGUGCACGCUUCUUGUUAAUGUCUCCUGUUGCGUAAAGCCUUUGAUCAUUGCACAUAUGGACGAAGACUUCGCCAUAGAGUUUAAGAGAAUCCUUAAAUUACGGAAAAGUAGAAAAGUCGGCGUCGAUAGCAAUGUACAGGGUAGCAAGCUUGAAGAAGAUCCCAAGUUUAUGCCAGAAACUAGAAAGUAUUACUGUAAAAUGGAGGAAGACGAUUUUAAUAUAAAGACCGAAGAGUCCGCUGUAUGACUUUCUGUCGCAGAGCCGAGUCACUCCACAGGAUUUCUGCUGAAAUGGCUAUCCGGUUUAUCAUGAAAGCAAGAAAGAGGCAAAAUAAAACCCAUUCCCUAGCCGUCCUGUAAGAGCCAAGCAACACAAAUGCUACUGUGCAAUAUUUAAAACUUGUUCGUCGAUCAGAACGAAAAGUGGCUAAAUAAUAAAAACGCCAAGCAAGACUUUCUAAUUUGUAACCCUACAAGCUAAAACUUUUUGGUACUUUAAGAUCUUUUUCUUUUCAUGUUAACGGUAUAGUGACAAUCAAUCCUACAUGAAAUGCACUAGUCUUGUAGAACGUUUGUUUCAGAUUAGCAAUUCUGCUGGAAAAUAUGAUUGUAGGUCCGGAGUUAACGAGAAGAACGAAAAUGUAGGAUAUAUGAUA